GGCUUAAGGGGUCUCGGGUGUCUAUACAGCCUUCAGCUCUGGAGGUCUUAGUUAGAGAUUACGCGAGAGAGGCCGGGGUUCGGUCUCUGUCAAAAUGCAUAGAGAAGCUCUUUAGAAGAGCAGCGCUCUCCAUCGUCAAGAAAGAAGCGGAGGAGGUGGUUGUAACAGAAAAAAAUUUGAUAGAUUUCGUCGAUCAGCCGCCGUGGACGUCGACUCGCCUCUUUGAAAAGACACAGCCCGGAGUUAUAAUGGGCUUGGCUUGGACAGCCACUGGAGGCGCUGUGAUAUUUGUAGAGGCGGUGGGUCGAAGUGCAUCUGAAGACGGAAGAAACAACUCUCGUAAAGGAGACUUGAGACCGUAA